AUGUAAAAUUUAAAAGUUGUAGCGCAGUAGUCUUCUUUCAUGAUUUGCGCGGAAAAGCUUCCAUUCCGCGUCGUCUACGAUUUUCUCUCUUUGCAUUUGGGUUCUUUCGUCGUCGUUCUUCAGCCUAUAGAAUACUGUCAAAAUGUUGAUGCCAAAAAGGCACCGUGCCCUCAUCUAUGAAUACCUCUUCAAGGAGGGAGUUCUUGUGGCGAUGAAGGAUACCCAUCUCGCCAAGCACCCCGAGAUUGAUGUGCCUAACCUCCAUGUGAUGAAGGCCCUUCAGUCUUUGAAGUCUCGUGCCUAUGUCACUGAACAGUUUGCUUGGCGCCACUACUACUGGUACCUUACCAACGAGGGUAUCCAGUACUUGAGGGACUAUCUCCAUCUACCCCCAGAGAUUGUCCCAGCCACUCUGAAGCCCAAGAGGACUGAGUCUGCUCGUCCACGAGCGGCCGCUGCAGCCAGGCCAGAGGCUUCCAAACUGUCAGAGGAUCGUACCGCUUACAGGCGUUCGGCCCCAGCUGGUGGUGACAAGAAAGCUGAUGUUGGAGCUGGUGCCAACCCCAACUUGGAAUUCAGAGGCGGAUAUGGACGCGGUCGUGGAUCAGCACCCCAAUGAACGUGUAAUUUUUGAGGGAGGUUGAAUAAACUUGUCCUCGACCAUCA